AGUGUUAUAUCAUGGUCGUUACGACUUGACGAGUUUAAACGAAUAACGAUAUAGUCAUAUAGACUACAACUACAUAGUCGUAGAAAAAGAUAAUUACUGUGCUUAACUCGAAUUGUUGUCAAUUUCAAAUAGCUUGUAUUUGCAUUUGUAUUGUUAAUGUUGUUUAUAGUGCUUGGUGUAUAAAAUAAUUCUCAGGUGUUUCAAAUUUUGAUAACGAAAGUCGGAUGUACUGUAGCUUUGUCGUAUGGAUUGUUAACGGUUAAUCUUAAGUUUCUUAGUCCGUGUAUUUAAUAUCAAUAACUUUUUAUUUUCAUUGAUUUAACGUACACAAAAUUUACGAUUUAAUAUGUGUUCUUUGAGAGAUUUUCCUGAACUACGGGAUUGUAGUCUCACAGAUAAGACCGCAUCCAUGCCAUUUGUCAUUAAAAGAAUAAAACCUGAGGAAAUUGGUUACCCAAAUAUUGUGGUGCAAUUGAAAGGAGAUCAAAAUCCUGAACCUUUAUUUUUACCAACGUCAGGACUAACAACAUUACAACAAAUUUUAAGUAAAUUUGCUGAGGAAAAUUUUUGGUCUGCUUGUGACGAACUAACAAAAUAUUUUAAGAGAAAUCCAAGUAAUCUAUCAGUUCUUAUGUAUCCAUUAGGACUAUUUAUGAAAUUUUCUCCUCGUGCAAGUUUGAAGGGUCCUGAAAACUUGGUGUUAACAGAUAUAAGUAGAACAAAAUUGUGGUCGUCUAGUGUAGUGCGUUGUAUGUCAUGGCACCCACAGAUAACUAAACUUGCUAUUGUUUCUUCCCAUGAUAUUGUUCAUGUGUACAAUCAAAAAGGUACUGAAGCAAAAGUAAAAUCAAAAUCUCAAAGGGCCAUUUUAUCAUUAGCUUGGAGACCACUAAGUAUUGGUACUUUAGCAGUUGGAUGUGAAAAAGGAAUUUUCAUUUGGACAGUUGAGUUUAGUAACUUAAGUGUAAGACCAACUGUAAAUAAUGUUUGCAAAUUUAUCAAAGAUGACCAUAGAUAUAUUACUGGAUUAUCAUGGAAUAAAAUGGGUGAUCUUUUGAUAUCCAGUGCAGUAACAUCUAAAACAAUGUAUAUUUGGAAUUAUCCUUUAGAAACCUGUGUUCCAUUACGUAGAAUUACUUCUGACACAUUAAAUUUUGUACAUUGGUCGCCUGAUAAUACUAAAGUUUUUUCCUGUUCUACUAAUGAAACAUUUAGAAUUUGGUCCACAGAUAAAUGGACUUCAGAUAAGUGGUCUUUGAAUAACCGAUCUAGAGUACAAUGUGCUUGUUGGUCACCUUGCAGUUCAAUUUUGUUAUUUGCAACCGAUUCAUGCUCGAUUAUAAAUGCUAUUGAUUUUCGAAAAUCAGAUGUCUUCAAUGGAUCAAGAAAUUAUAAAAAAGUUGCUUGGCCUAUAAUUGAUAUCAAAAGUGAAUGUAUAAAUGAUAAAGUAAUUGGAGGAACACUUUCUGACAUGUGCUGGGAUCAGAAUGCUCAACGCUUAGCUAUAACUUUUAAAAAUAGUGGAUCUCUAGUUGUAUUUCAAACUGCCAUAAGUGAAGCUGUUGUUGAUUGUAUUCCAUUUUGUAUUAUUCAAGGGCGGCUUGAUGAAGAACCUUCUACGAUUGCAUUUAAACCAACUUACAAACAAGGGUCUUUGUUAACAAUUGGUUGGUCGAAUGGGAAUAUUGAAUAUGUGCCAUUUGAAUACACUUGUAAGUCAAAAAAUGAUCCUGAAAUGUUUAGAACAACUUGGUUUAGUGGUGACAACAAUAAGAGUAUGUCUGGCCGAGCUAGUAUGUCAACUACAACUAAUUCAUUGAUUGAAUAUUUGUUAAACUAAAUUUAAAUUUUUGGUUUCUUUUCUUAAUAUUUGUAUUUUAAAUCUCAAGUUUAAUAGAAGAUUAAAAGAUAUUAAUUAUAAUAAAAUUUCAAUGUUGAUAAAAUAUUAAAUACUAACCAUUUUAUUGUAUAUAUUGAAAUUUAAUUUGACAAAACUUAUGUUAUAAUUAUACUGAGUGGAUGAUAGAAAUCUAUUUAUUUUUAUUGAUACGAAUUAAAACUAAUUAUUCUAUUCAACAUUAACCAGUGAAACAUGAUUUACUUAUUUGGAGCAGUAUAAUUUAUUAUUUAAUAUGUUAGAAAAUGUUCAAAAGUCUAUUUUAGUAUUUUAUUAGUAUUUUAAUAUGUGCACAUGUACAUAUGAAUCAUUUUUCGUAUAUAAUGAUACUUAUCAUUGGAUUCAAAUUUAAUAUUCCUAUAAUAUAUAAUAGUGACCCACACGGCACCUAAUUUACAGCAGAGCGGUACCCACUUACCCGCUUUUUUCGAUUAUGAAUUCAAGAAAAAUUGUAUUUGUGAGGCAGUUAAAGUAUUUUAAAUGGAUUAGUAAUAUGAAAUGAAUAUGCAAUACCUAUAUUCACCGCCAUUGACUUAAUACAUUUAAUUUUUUGUAGAAAAGAAAAGUAAUGAAGGUUUAUUUAGUACAUUUUGUAAGAAUUGACUGAAAAAUGUAAAAUUUCUAUUAAGAUUUUAGGGUCCAGAAAUCUACAGUACUCAUUAUAUAGAUACAUUUUAAUGAAAUUCUUGAUUUUGCAGAAAUUUUUGAUUUAAAAAUUAAAAAUUAAAAAUGUUAUACGCCUUAGAAGAAUAUUUUGCUAAAUUAUUAACUGAUUUUUAUUAAUUUUAUGUGGAAGAAAAUAAUGGUAUUCAAUAGUUUAGUAAUACCUUUUACAAAUUAUGAGAACAUCAGCACUGGCAAUAUUAAUUGCAACAUUAUUUAUGAUGUUUUAUAAAAAUAUUCAGAAAUAUUCUAAAAUGAACUAAUGUUGCUACUAUCCACAUGUAAUUAUUAGCUAAGUUUUUGGUUGUGCUAUUUUUUUCUUUGUAUUGAAAUUACAAAGUAACACAGUCUUCUUAAUUGACAUUUCACAUUAAUAUUGUUAAUGUCAUUAAAGCCACAAAUAAGUCUCAGAGCCCAGCCAGAGGCAUACAUAGUUUAAUAAUUUAUAGUAGACUAUUUUCUUUUAACUUAAUAGUUAA